CGAAUAAAUUUAAUCAAGUUAAUGAAAUAAGAAGUCGUGUUGAGUAAUUAGCUUAAGGUGGACGUUAAAAGAUAUAAUCAAUUUUGUUUUAUCGACUUUACGGAAUAAUUUAGACUAGAGGUCCCGCAGUAGUCGAAAUUCGACUAUAAUUAAUUAGAAUUGUAAAUCAACAGAGAUCCUGUCAUCAAACAUUCUUAGCUACUCACUUAAUUCUUAGUGAAUAUCUGUGACCUUGCUCGUUCACGAAGCCCGCUAUAGAAAGCAGAGUAUUAAAUACACUUGACAUUGGCGAAAUCUAAAAGGAAACGCCAUAAACCUAAGAGAUAGAUAGAUAGAUAUUGAUUUAAUGUAUCUUUUAUGCAUUAUUUGAAAAAAAUAUUAGCAUUGUGCACUUCUUCUCUAUAUUCUCUAUAAGUGUGAAAAUUUCAUACUCCUCCGUCUGCGCAAUUUUCGUAAAAAGGGAUACAAAGUUUUUGCUUCACAUAUUAAUAUAUAGAUAGAUAAUUGUAUGGUAUUCACUUUAAGAUAUAACUAUGGGCAUUUGACACUAGAUCUCUCAAAUUAACACUCCAUUUAGUUCGCGUGGUGCUUCGAGUUCCAUACACCAUAGAGGCUCAUUAAUUUCUUCUUUUGAUGGAUUUGAUAAUAGCAUAAACUUUAAUUGUUUGAAUAAUGAACUUUUCACAAAUUGACUUAUAUUUUUCAACACAUUAUUUCCUUUUUGCUUUAUCUACCCUCGGAUUCCUCAAGGAAAGCAGCGGAAGGUGCGUAGGCAACAUGCCGCGCGCCGGCGCCUUUCUUCUGGCGCUUGCGGUCGUCCUGCUAGCAGAAUGGGCUCAUGCCUCUUAUAUUGAUCCCGGAGACGAUGAUCUGGAAGUGAACUUGCCUGACUACGGGGAGGAUCCAGCCGAUUUGCAGUUGUUACAGGAUGUAGGGAAACGAUCGUCGCUGAUCUACGUUUUCAGGCGUGCCUGUGUGCGGCGCGGCGGCAACUGCGACCAUCGACCGGGCGACUGCUGCCACUCGUCCUCCUGCCGCUGUAACCUCUGGGGCUCUAACUGCCGCUGCCAGCGCAUGGGGCUCUUCCAGAAGUGGGGGUAGGAGACAACGACCGGAGCUCCUCUGAAGCGGCGACCAACUCCAGCCAGCCGACUUGACCGCCGCUCCACCGGAAGCCACAACAUUCGCCAACACAAAACGGACCCGUUGCGUUCUUAUUUUCCCGUUCUAUUCCUUCACAUAGUCCUUAAUUAUUUAAGCAGUUCAAUUUAGUUAAAUUCAAAUUAAAAAACAGGGACUUAUAUUUUAGUUUUGAAAUAUUUUUGGAACACUUAUAAAUGUACAAAAAUUUUGAAAAUGAAAUUCGGUUUAAUUGUUGUUUUCGUUUUGUUAAUUCGCGCUUGCUCUGGUUGAUCGAGUGUCCGCUUACGUGGUUGGGCAAUCACCCAGCCUUAUUGCCCAAUCAGUACGCCCUGACGCUUGUACUCGGUCAAACAGACCCCGGCAACUGCCCCCGGCGAGGAGUCUUAUUAUUUUCUUUACUCCUGUUUCCGUUUUCCUUGAAGAUUCGCAAGCUCGGAGGCAGUUCCACUAUUCUAUCAUAUGUAUGUAUGUAGAGUUAAGUAAGCUAACAGUAGUUGAGUAAAUCAGUAGAAGCUAAAUAUUGGUGGUAAACUUAUGUCAAUAGGAAGUAGAUGACAUUACAAAAUAGAAAAAAAAACUAAAUAAUCAUAAAUGUUUUAGUCUAUAAGUGAAUAUCGAUUUAAAUGAAACUUGGUGAAGAAACACGCCUUUGGAUAACAUCGUCACAUGUAUUUGCGAUUGGCAACUUAGGUUCUUAAUAUCUAUUUAAUGUCAAUACAUAAUACAUAUAAAAUAAUGGAAUUUUGAAUGUAUGCGACUCUCGUACAGGGGGUAUAGAUAUGUAUGGUAUUGCAGCCUAGUAGAAAUCUUCUAUACGUAGCUUCUUAUUGUACGUUCCUGAAAACGGAAUAUGAUAAUUUACUUAUUACUUGUAAUGGAAUAUGGAAAAUGAUUAAUAUAUUAAUAAAUGUUUAUGAACUACAAA